ACACGAAGGAGGAGGAGGAGAAGAUGGCCGCCAUUUUGCAGGAGAGGAAGGAGAAGGAGGCCAAAGAAGAAGGCCUUGAAGGAGGAGCAGGCGGCCAAAUUGAAGAAGAUAGAAGAAGAGAUGGCCAGAGAGAAGGAGAGGAUAAAGAAGGAAGAGGAGGCGAAGUUGAAAGAGGUGGACGAGGAAGAAGAAGAAGGGUCGCCACUGCAAAGGAAGAGUGGGCAGAACAGUGGCAGCAAGGAUGAAGAAAUGGAGAAGCGGAUUUCAGAGUGGGUCGCCAACUUGUCCCUGGGUGAAGAGGAAGAGGUUGCUAUGUACAUCCCCAAGGAUGAGCAGGAAGCCGCCAUGAAAAAAUGGGAAGCAGAGGAAGAUGUUUUGACGCGGCGGGCGAUGGAAGAUGAACAGAGGAUGGCGUGGAAACUCGCAACGAUGAGGGAGAAGAAGAGAAGAGUGGAGGCGGCGAAUGCAGCAAUACAGGAAUUGGAGGAGGUGCAGAAAUUAAGGUUACAAUUGACACCCCAGGUAGAUCUCGAGCGGAAGGUGGAGAUCAUUGCCCAGAGCGUCGAGCGUUUAGCCAAAGUGCAAGAAAAGCACUAUGAGUUUAGUCGCAGCCAGGAAAUAUCGGUGCGUUCGAUGCGAACGGGAUUACGGGACUUUGCUCGCGAGUUAGUAGACGCUGUAGGGUCCGAGUUGAGUCAUCGCCUCGAGAAGACUGAGCGUUUUUGUGUCGGCGCCAUUGUGGGCGUCAAGGUGGCAGCUCCCAAAGAGGAGGAAACUCGUCCUCGCAGGGAGCCAGUCAAAGUCAAAUUCCCUGAUUCCUACAGUGGAAAAAGGGAAGAGAACUUUGACAAUUGGRAGGCCAAUGUCAGGACCUAUGUGCAUCUGCAACAGGUCUCCCCGGAUCAGCAGGUCCUAAUUGCGAUCCACGCGCUKARRGAURAGGCCGCKAGUUUUGCAAGGUCCCUUGUUCGUGYUGCCAACUGCAGUGACGAUCCGGUAGCAUACUCCACAUUCACCCCUCUCGUUGAGUUCCUGAAAUUGCUACGCGAGCGAUUUGCUGAUGUCGCUCGUAGUGUUAAAGCGUCAGAUAGGCUGCAGACGAUCCACGCCCGCAAGUGGAAGAGUGCCAGGGCACUCAAGAGUACAAUGGAUGAGUUAGUGGCUGUCCCUGACCAUGGGGUUACGGACACCCAGUUGGCGUAUUUCCGCCUAGAGAAAGAUGGGAAGGUGGAGAAGGUCCUCCACUCCCUGACUCUCCUCGUAGAGGAUAGACUCCCAUUUGAUAUUGUGUUAGGAAUGGAUUGGGGAGAGGCAGUUGGGGCCACGCUCCAUUUGAAGGAGCACGAGUGUAGGCUCCCUAGUGCUGCAGGCAAGGCUAAGACUGCCCGCCUGUUCCAUGUGUCAGGAGUAGAGAAUUCAUUGGCACAUUCCUGCCUCAGUGCUCCUGCGUUCGCUAGAUUAGUGAAGAAGGAGCACCUAGAGGAACAGGUCCUUGUUGCCUAUGUUAGGCCAGUCACUGAGCCUAAGGAAGAGAAGCCAGUAGACCCUGCUAUUGCCAAAUUGCUGGAAGAGUUUACGGAUUUGACUGACCUGCCGACAGGCACGGUGCUGCGGCCCAUCCAGCACCAUAUUGAGAUAGAGCCUGGCAAUAGAACUCCUAAGGGUGUUGUGUACAGGAUGUCCCCGCGAGAGUUAGAGGAGUUGCGGAAGCAGUUGGACGAGCUCCUCGAAAAGGGUUGGAUUAGGCCCAGUUCGUCUCCUUUCGGAGCCCCUGUUCUCUUUGUCCCUAAGAAAGAGGGAGAGUUGAGGAUGUGUAUAGACUACAGGGAUCUGAAUGCCAUUACAGUGAAGAAUGUUGAGCCACUGCCUAGGAUAGACGAUCUCUUAGAUCGAGUGCAGGGGGCGAAGUAUUUCUCCAAGAUAGAUUUGAAGUCCGGAUAUCAUCAGACAGAGGUGCAUCCUGAUGAUCAGUACAAGACAGCCUUCCGGACUAGAUAUGGGCACUACGAGUUCAUAGUGAUGCCCUUUGGACUAACCAAUGCGCCAGCUAUGUUCCAGCGCUGCAUGAACGAUUUGUUUAGGCCGUGGUUAGACAGAUUUGUUGUAGUUUACUUAGAUGACAUCUUAGUGUUUAGCCGGACCCUCGAAGAGCAUCAGGGUCAUCUCAGGCAGGUCUUGGAGAAGCUGAGGGAAGCUAACUUCAAGAUCAAUGCAAAGAAGUGCGAUUGGGCGAAGACACAAGUUUUGUAUUUAGGCCACGUCUUAGACGGAGACGGCGUUAAGCCAGAGGAUAGCAAGAUCGCAGCGGUUAGAGAUUGGCCCACGCCACGUACGCUAACAGAGUUGCGCUCGUUCCUGGGCUUGGCGAAUUACUAUAGGAAGUUCGUGAGGAACUUCUCCACCAUCGCUGCGCCCCUUCGCAGAUUGUUGAGAAAAGAGACCAUCUGGAAGCGGGAUAAGGGCUGCACGUCUGCCAUGAAGAAGUUAAAGCAGGCGUUGAUAGAGUAUCCAGUCCUUAAGGUCGCUGACCCGUCCUUGCUCUUUGUCGUCACGACCGAUGCGAGUCAAUACGGCAUAGGUGCAGUGUUACAGCAAGACGAUGGCGAUGGGUAUAUAGACCCGUAGAGUUCAUGUCCGCCAGAAUGCCUUCAGAGAAGGUCGCGACAUCGACCUAUGAGAGGGAACUCUACGCUCUCAGGCAAG